AUGCCUGGUAGAGUGUCCGCUCGAGCGCCUACUGUGUCGCGAAUCUCCCACAAGGCAUCCGCCCAAACAUUGGCCUCGCGCAAAUCCACCACUUCUCCCUCAAUAGUCAUCCCAAAGGAAGGACCUACUUCUACCCUGCGCGCACAAGUCUGCAAUGUGUUCAGUGACGCGCAAAAAUCUGCAGCUGGGCACCGAAAACUGGUCGUAGGGUUGAGGAAGAUUCAAGAGGCUUGCUGCUAUGAGCCCACGCGGCCCGGUAAGCCUGGUCGACAAGAAUUCAAUGAGGACGAGUUCAACGUGGAGAUUGCACGAUGUGUGAUUCGUCUGAUGGGCGUGAAGAGAAGUGAAGCCGUAGGGGACCGGAUCGUCCGCUUCUUGGGGUUUUUCUUGCGCCAUGCAAGUGAGAAAGAUGCUGCAUUGAUCACCGAAUCCGAGAUCAACGAAACGUAUUCAUUCCCCGAGACUGCGAGCACUCGAUUGACCUCUCAUAUCUUAUCCAUCUUGCUGCAAUUCCUUGCUUCGAAAGAGAAGACAGUUCGUUACCGCGCGACUCAGCUCGUUGCUCACAUCAUCAACUCACUGGACUCUAUUGACGACGAAUACUUUCACCUCCUGAAGAUGGGACUUCUCAAACGCAUCAGGGACAAAGAGCCGAUGAUCCGUGUCCAGGCUGUCCUAGGCCUGGGCCGGCUAGCUGGCAAUGAGGACGAAGGGGACCAGGACAACGCCGACAGCGAUGACGACGAUGCAAGUGGAUUAUUGGAGAAAUUGCUCGAGGUCCUUCAAAACGAUCCUGGCGCAGAUGUCCGCCGUUCUCUGCUGCUCAACCUACCUUUGACACCAGGAACCUUGCCGUACCUCCUAGAGCGUGCUCGAGACCUCGAUCCAGCCACCCGUAGAGCAUUAUACUCUCGCUUGCUACCUGCUCUGGGGGACUUUCGUCAUCUAUCUUUGUCUAUGAGAGAGAAACUGCUCCGCUGGGGCUUGCGUGAUCGUGAUGAGAAUGUUCGUAAAGCUACUGCUAGACUUUUUCAUGAUCGUUGGAUCGAGGACUGUGCGGGUCCCCAGCUGGCUGGUGGAGGCGGUGCGGCCGAGGAAGCAGUGACACCAAGUAUUGAAUGUGUACUAGAGCUGCUCGAACGAAUUGACGUCCUCAACUCUGGAGUCGAAGAUGGCAUAGCCUUGGAAGCUAUGGAGAAGUUUUGGAGCGGGCGGCAUGACUACCAGGACAUCCUCAGCUUUCAAGAUCCAUUUUGGCAUCAUCUGAGCCCAGAAAGCGUUUUUCUGGCGAGGUCUUUCAAUGACUACUGUCACCAGCAGCCUGAUGGAAAAUAUGAAACCCUGAUUGAAGAAAAGAUGCCCGAAGUAACAAAACUUGCAUUCUUCCUCCAGAGAUACACAAACAACCUGGUCGAAUGCUUACGACGGAACCACGACAGAUACAAAGGUGACGAAGAGGAAGACACCGUCGAACAAGAGUUCAUCGUGGAACAGCUACUGCACAUCGCGAAGACUUUGGACUACAGCGACGAAGUCGGUAGAAGAAAAAUGUUUGCGCUUUUAAGGGAGACUUUAGCCAUCGCGGAAUUGCCAGACGAGAUCACUAAGCUCUCUGUUGAAGUUCUCCGCGAUGUUUGCGGAAUAGAAGCCGCAGGAGAAAGAGAUUUUUGUAGUGUCGUUCUUGAGGCGAUAGCAGAGGUCCACGACGCUAUCGCUGUUGCUGAACCACUGGCCGAUAAUGAGGACGAGAGCUUCCACUCAGCGCAUUCGGAGAUCAGUGACAGCACGCCGACCAAAGCUAAAGUAAGUCGGAGUGCUGAAGAAGACAAGGUCAAGGCCAUAAAAGAGAUUAUGAUCAACAUGAAGUGCUUGCACAUAGCGCAGUGUAUGUUGCAGAAUAUUGAGGGAACCUUACAGCAGAACGUACACUUAGUCACGAUGCUCAACAACCUUGUUGUACCAGCUGUUCGAAGCCAUGAGGCCCCAAUCAGAGAACGAGGGCUUCUUGGCUUGGGUCUUUGCUGUCUUCUGGACAAAACGCUUGCUGAUGAGAAUCUGAGCCUUUUCGUCCACUGCUUCACGAAAGGACACGAUGCGCUUCAAGUCACUGCAAUCCAUAUUCUCGCCGACAUCCUGACAACUCACCCGAGCCUCAUCUCGUCAGCAACCGCAGACGCCGCCUUACAAAAGUCGAUUCUUAGGAUCUUUGCUAAAGGCAUGAAAGCAGAGCAUACUCCCGAUGUACAAGCAGCCGCCACAAUCGCUCUUUGUAAAUUGAUGCUGACCUCAGUCAUACAAGACGAGGAUCUGCUUAAGCAGAUCGUCAUUUGUUACUUCGAUCCCGCAACAAAAGAUAAUGCUGGGGUAAGGCAAGCUCUGAGUUACUUCCUGCCGGUAUACUGCCACAGUCGCAGAGAGAAUAUGGAAAAGAUGGCAAAUAUUGCGGGCGGAGUCAUGCAUUCGCUGAUAGAUAUGAGUGAAGAGCUUGAAGAAGGAGAGGAAAUGGUCGGGGUGAGUACGGUUGGAAAUAUGCUUGUCGACUGGACGGAUGCGCGAAAAUUGGUGGUCCAGGAUGAAGCAUCUAUCAGCUGGGACGAGGCUGGGAAGAAAGAAGUCAAAGCUGUUAAUGGAAACAUUCAUCUUAAUCUGGCGGAGAGCCUUCUAGAACGGGCAAAAAACCAUGGGUGUUCAAAAGAAGACAAGAAAGCCCUCAUCGCCAUGCUCGGCAAGCUAUUCAUUACACCAAAUUCCAAGACCGAAAGGCUUCAAAGCACGAUUGAGCUUGUCGAAGAAGCUAUUGAGAAUAAGGUUGCUCAGGACGCGCCCUCUCGCAACGCCCUUCACAAAUUGCAUUCAGCCUUGAGCAAAGCUUUGGGAGAAACUGGGAAAGUUAAUCCAAUCUCAGAGGACACGCUGGCGCCUGCAGGGGGAGACGACGGUCUGACUAUGCUAGAAGGGCAAGUGGGGGAAGAAUCUGUAAUGGGUACCGAAAAGGAUAUUGGGAUUGAAGGUAUUGAGGAUGAAGGCGUUACGGUGGCACAGGACUCAUUGUUGGAAGAGCUUCUAGACGAUGAGGAUGAUGACUCGUGA